AUCAUCCUCAUCCUUUCACAAAAGCCCUAACCAGCACAGCACAGCACAACACAAGCACAACCGAAUCCAAAAGCUAAGACAGAGAGAAGCAAAAAUGUCAGGAGUCGGACCAAUCUCGCAGGACUGGGAGCCAGUUGUGAUCCGCAAGAAAGCCCCCAACGCCGCCGCCAAGAAGGACGAGAAAGCCGUCAACGCAGCUCGCCGCUCCGGCGCCGAGAUCGAAACCCUUAAAAAAGCUACUGCUGGGACAAAUAAAGCUGCUUCAAGCAGCACUACUUUAAAUACAAGGAAGCUCGAUGAGGAAACAGAGAACCUUGCUCAUGAACGUGUACCAACUGAGCUAAAGAAAGCUAUUAUGCAAGCACGAAUGGACAAGAAGCUUACCCAGGCUCAGCUUGCUCAAAUGAUCAAUGAGAAGCCUCAAAUCAUCCAGGAGUAUGAAUCUGGUAAGGCUAUUCCCAACCAACAGAUCAUCACUAAGCUGGAGAGGGCCCUUGGAGCGAAACUGCGUGGAAAGAAAUAAAAAGAAGCCUUGUAAACAAAAGAAGGAAAUCUUGGUGCUCGUUUAUGUUGAAUGAUGUUGUGCCUUGAUGUGUAGCUAGCUAAAAUCGUCCGUAGUCAAAUAGUGGCUGUGUCCACGAACUAAUCGUAUCUCUAUGUAAGAUGACUCUUUGGAACGAUGACCUGUGACGGGUUCAGCUCGCAGUUUGAAAAUAAUAAAGAUUUGUGUGUUCCCUGUCUA